AAGCAUUGAAAUGUCACUAUACGAAAUUAUUUUGGGCAUUUUCAGGAAGAUCUGACAAUCAACAUAACAUACUAUAAGAAAAAUGGUGACAAAAAACCACCAUUUUCCUAUGCAACUUUAAUUUGCAUGGCCAUGGGUAAAAAUGGAAACAAAAUGACUUUGAGCGCCAUCUACCAUUGGAUAAGGGAAAACUUUCUGUAUUACAGAAAAGCACAUCCUAGUUGGCAAAAUUCAAUCAGGCAUAACCUAUCUCUUAACAAAUGCUUCGUGAAACACCCGAGGUCAAAAGAUGAACCUGGCAAAGGAGGUUUUUGGAAACUGGAUCUGGAACGUUUGGAAGAAUCAAGAAGGUCGAAAAGGAGGUCGAGUUUGACAGUGAGGGCGCCAAGGAAUCGGAAGCCUGACGAGGAGAAGCCCCAGAAGCCUGUUAGAAAGCCCAAAAGGUAUCGACCUCAAAACACCGGCGAAAGAAAACACAACAUCCUCUCUAACAUCUCUAUUUGCGGAGAAACCGACAUCGAAAACUUUGAAGAGUCCAAAAAGACCAAAACCCUAAAGAAAGUGACUGACAUCGACAGCGACUUUUUCAAAAUGGAAGACAAAAAACCAACGGAAGAAGUGAUACCAGCGUCGAUGCCCAAUCAAAGCGUGAUUACCGAACCUGUCAAUCAGAUUUUGGGCGAGGAUGAAUUGACAGGAUUGUUGUUGACCUCCAACGGGUGGGAUGAGUGUCAAUUGGAGCUGUUAGACUCCUUGCUGGAUUCGUUGUAAAAAUCUAAAAGUUUGGGGCUCGGUCAUCCCGAGAAAGGGAAGGUUCAAAAAAUUGGAAAGUGGAUUUACAUUUAUUUGUACUUGACGAGUUUGGUCAAAUUGGACUGUAUCGAAAUAUGAUGACACUAUCCUUGAAAUGCUAUAUAAGGUUUGUUAUUUAUUGGAUGUCGAAUCAAAAAUACUUACAUAUUUUUGCUUUAGUUUUUAGCCUAUACUAUUUAUGCAUCUUUUGAACUUGCUAGUCUUAAACCAAAGAUUUUG